AUGAGUAAUAGCCUCGAGGCCAAAAUCGUCGUGCUGGGUGCUCAAGGCGUCGGAAAGACCUCCCUCGUCCAGCGCUAUGUCAGAAAUUCCUUCAACCCCUCCACCACUGUCUCGACGGUAGGCGCGUCUUUCGUGACGAAACGCGUCCUCGAUUCUACUUCCGACACUAUUGUGAGAUUACAAAUCUGGGACACCGCCGGCCAGGAACGGUUUCGCAGCAUAUCCCGUCUCUACUACCGUGGAGCCAACGCCGGUGUUCUCUGCUACGAUAUCACGGAUGAAGACAGCUUCCGGGAGAUGACGGGCUGGCUGGGUGAGCUGAAGGAGAAUCUCGGGGAGGAGAACCCCAUCAUAAUUCACGUGGUUGGGACAAAGUCCGACAUUGUCGCGGAUGAUCCAAGCAAGCGGAAGGUCCCUUUUGAAAAGACCAUAGCCUACGUGGCGGAACAACUGUAUCCAUCGCAAGCGUCAACACCCCCGCCGAGCUCAGGAAUGGGAAUGUUGGGCGCCUCAGCAGCUACAGCUUCAAAUCACAAUGGGCCCGAGAGCAAACGCAGCAGCGGAUUUUGGGGUCAAGAUAUCGGCUGGGACUGUUGCCACGAGAUCAGUGCCAAAGAUGGAGAAGGAAUCGAGGAAGUAUUCCGGGUCAUCACUCGGAAGCUAGUUGAGCAAAAGAACAAGAAAGUCGAGGCGCAGGCAACACGGCAGAGAAGCGUUCGCAGGAGAGAGAGGCCGUCGACAUCCAUAGAUGGCCACACAAUUGACAACAAUGCGGACAAACGGCGCAGCUGGCUGGGAUUUCCGCCUACCUUGGUUUUGAAUGACGAGAGCGAGAAUGACGAGACGAAUUGCUCUCCUAAACGAAAACAGGGGAAAUGCUGUUGA